AUGGCUUUCAGGGAUGUGAAUGCAAGAAGACAUAUUGGACUUCAGCAACUCUCAUCCUUAGCAUCAGCUGGAAGAACAUUAUUGGGGCCAAUGAAAUCAUGUAAAUUCAUUGUCGAUGAAAGCACCAACCAAAGCACAUUGAUUUGUUCUGCUGUUAGACUGAUUGAAAGUUUGGAUUUAACUAGUGCUGCCGGACAGCUUCUUAAUGAAACCAUUCAGGCACAAAACAAGGAAUUUAAAACUGGGAUGAGUACCCUGUUGUUUCUCAUUGGUGCAUGGAGCAAUGCCGUACUGGAGUGCCUCCAGCAGAAUGUUCCUGUUUCAGCAAUAGUAUCUGUGAUGUCUGAGGGGUUGAACUCUUGCUGUGAGAGAGUCCAGUGUCUUCAAAUAUCAAUACAUGAUGUAAAUAAAGAGCUGUGUUCUAGCAGUGUUAGGCCAAAUGCUUUUAAAAGCAAAACUUGCCAAAUUGGAUGUGACAGUCUUCUAAAUCCUGAGGUUUUCCUGUAUUUUCAGAAAGACAUUUCCGCACCAGAAGAAGUAAUUCCAGUAAAUGCUUGUUCCCAUCAAGAGCAAGACUGUAAUUUUAACAAGUGCCUGGUUUCACCUUUGGUGGGCUUUGAUUCAAUAGCUUCUCUUGUCAAACCAGCAGGUGACAAAAGUACAUCUGUGAUUUCUGGAAGUGGUGUUACCGCAUCCAGCUGUAACAAACAAAAGUUAACCCACAGCAGAUACUUCAGCACUCUAGGAAAAAGCCAUUUUUCAAGUCAGCAAGGUGAUUUUCAGGGAUAUGUUUCAGGACAAUCAGCAGAUCCAUGUGAAUGUUACGGUUUAGGACACCUGGCAAUGACUCUGAGCCAUGGAAAUCAGACGAGCAUGAAACUGCUACAAAGCAUUGUUGCAUAUCAACAAGAGAGAGCAGAAUGCAGUGGUUCUUUCCAGUUUAAUAUUGCAGAAAUUGUGACAUGCUGUUUACUGGGCCUGCCUGAAAGCUAUUCUUGUGUCUCCCCAGGCUUUGUCACAUUAGUAUCACCAGAACAAGCCACAGUUAUCAAAUACUUUGACGACAAACCCCUUCGGAUUCUGCUAAUGGAUGGUGACCUAACUGAACAAUAUCGUCACUUAGGAUUUAAUAGGCCAUGUAAUGUAAAGACCAUAUUAGAACAUCCAACCAAUUGGAACAUACAACAAGGCAGAGCGGGAGACUUGUGGCUAAGCAAUAUGUUAGAUACUCUGAUAAGCUUUGAAGUAAAGUUGGUUUUGGUUAAAGGAAAUGUGUGCGAAAACUUAAUGGAAAGGUGCAUAGCAAACAGUAUAUUGGUUAUUGGUUCUGUGACUCGGGAUGUGUUGUGUGCCUUUGGGGAGGUCACCAGCGCCCAGCCAGUGACAUACCUCAGCCAGCUGAAUGCUUCUUGUGUGGGGAGCGGGGCCCAAGUGGAGCUGUGGAAGGCCUGCGAUGGGCGUGCAAUGGAUCUGGGUGACCUUGUGCCGGUCCGAAUAAAAGUGCGAGGAAUUCCCCUGCUCACGGCCGUGCUUACCACUGCUGUAGCUUCAAAGAUGCAGCUCAUUGAAGACCAGUUCUGGGCUUCAGCGUAUCGACUCCAUCACGCUUUAAAUGACGAGAAGAUUUUUCUUGGUGGUGGUGCAGUGGAGCUCUUGUGCCUUAGUCACAUUCAGAUGCUUGCAGACCAGCCUGUACAGCCAGCAAAUAAAAAUGCCAUGAAAGAGUUUCACAAUCCCUGGCUGGCAGCAUCUGCGACAGAGUAUAAAUCAGUUGUGCUCCAAGCACUAGCAAGGGGCUGGAAGCAGUAUCUUUCAGCAGUUAUGUGUAACACUGCAAAAGCUGCAUCGGAGGUGGAAGCGUGUACCGCAGUUGAUCACCACCUCAAAAAAGCAGCUGACUGUGGUUCUCCCUCAGCAUAUAUAUGGAAAGAGUUUAGAAGAGGUGAUCUGCUCAGGGGUGGUUCUGGUCCCUUCACUGACCACGGAGAGGCUUUAAAGGUUUAUGAUAAUGUGACAGCCAAGACAGAGGCAUGGCGGAGAGCUCUAGACUUGGUGCUACUAGUGCUUCAAACAGAUGCCGAAAUUAUCACCGGUCCCAAAAGGAAUCAGCUAUUGAACUCACAUGUGUCAAGUGAAUUUAUGUUUUUAUAGGACUUGCAGGCUUUAUUUAUAAGUCCAUCAGUCAGUGGAAGAAGUCCAGGUGCAACCUACAUUUCUUCAUAGUUUAUAAAGCAAACAUUUAGAUGUGAUCAUGACUUUAGAGUGUAACAGCAGAAAUCAGAAGUGAGACAGU